AUGUACACUGGUCCGAUAAUAUGUCUUGUGGUACUUGCGGCAAUUACUGCUGUACUUUUCGCUCGUCGCCAAUUUCCAGGCCAGAGAGGUUUCAAGUUACCUCCAGGCCCGCCGUCUCUUCCCAUCAUUGGAAAUCUUCACCAGCUUCCAAAAACGGGAGCUUAUCUCAAAUUCACAGAGUGGGCAUCAAUCUACGGACCCAUAUUCUCGCUCAAACUAGGAUCACAAACGGCUAUAGUUUUGAGCUCCCCAUACAUGAUCAAGCACCUUGUCGACAAACAGUCGGCUAUCUAUAGCGAUCGACCCAAAUCAUAUAUAGCGGAUAAUCUGGUUUUUCACAACGACCAUCUUAUGUUUCUGGGCCCUGAUGCCAGGUGGCGCAGAGGGAGGCGGCUUUACCAUCAAUUCUUCAAUGAACUUCGUUGUGAAAAGAGUCAUCAUCUUCUUCAGAACGCAGAGGCUAUCCAGCUGUUGCAAGACCUCUGCCGCAGCCCCGAUGAAUUCAUGAGUCAUUGCAAGCGCUUCACAAACAGCGUUAUUAUGAGUCUUGUUACGGGUAUUCGAACGCCAAAUUCUGCCACUUCUCAUAUGAAAGGUCUCUAUAAUGUGCUGGACAGUAUCUCCGAAAUAUUUGAGAUCGGUGGUACUCCGCCCGUUGAAUUAUUUCCGUUUCUAUCGUGGAUCCCGGAGUGCGUUUUCAAUAAUUGGAAAUCUCGCUCUAUUGCCCUUGCCAAAAUGAUGGACUCUGUCUAUGGUCCAUUGGUUGAUCGUGUCUUAAUGCGUCGUGAAAAAUCUAAAUUUGAAAAAGGGGAAAGUUAUUUGGAUAUGAUUUUUGAGCAGCAAGAAAGUUUGCAACUGACUCGGCACGAGAUUGACCUGAUGCUGGGAAAUCUGCUGGAAGGCGGAUCCGAUACCACAUCUAUUACAACUAUCGCCUUUAUACAAGCCAUGGCGUUAUAUCCAAAAGCCCAGGCAGAGGCACAGAGGUCUAUUGACGAUAUUAUUGGCUCAGAUAGAACCCCUACAUGGAACGAUUUCUCUAAAUUGCCAUAUAUAGUCAUGGUAGUCAAGGAAACACUGCGGUGGCGACCUGUGAUGCCCACAGCCUUUCCACACGCUACCAGCAAAGAAAGCACAAUCAAUGGGAUGCUCAUUCCGGCAGGAUCCACCGUUAUUAUGAACGUCUGGGGAUUACACCAUGACAGCACCCUACAUGAUGAUCCCGAUUCUUUCGAUCCCUUGAGAUACAAAGAUCGCACUGAACUUGCUCCAAAAUACGCAUCCUCGGCGGAAUACGAGAAGCGUGACCACUAUGCCUACGGUUCUGGACGUCGUAUCUGUCCUGGGAUUCAUUUAGCGGAAAGAGGUCUUUUCUUGGCCUUUGCGAAAAUUCUGUGGGCAUUCAAUAUAACACAAAAGAUAGACUCUAAUGGCGUUCCAAUUCCAAUUGAUUGCGACCCAGUUACUGGGUAUACUGAUGGAUUUUUGAGGUGUGCUAAGCCUUACGCUGUGGAUAUCAAGCCUCGGUCUGAGGAAAGGCAAAAGACAAUCCUCCGCGAGCUUGAGCAUGCUGAACGAGAGGAGUUUAGCAAAUACAACAUAUGA